AUGUCUUCAUUCCUCAUCCUCAGCAUCAACGCAGGGAGCUCCAGUCUCAAGACAACCCUCUACCUCGAAGAAGGCGAGGAUGGAGACAAGAAGCUGAGUAAACUAGCGAGUGCCCAGAUCUCCGACAUCAACAACCCCCCGGCUCAUCUCAAGUAUGUCCGGGGCUCCUUCAAAGAGACCAGCGAGCUCGGCCAGGUCGCCGACCACAAGUCCGCAUUCAAUCACGUCCUCAAUGCCUUCCUAACAGACUCCGAAAUCCCUCAGGCCUCGAACAAAGAAGACAUUCAUUAUGCUUGUCACCGGGUGGUGCAUGGCGGCUCGUUCGAAGAGGACCAGCUGAUAACCGAAGAGACGUUUGACAAGAUCGAGAAACUGUCGGAUCUGGCCCCUCUACACAAUGCCUCUGCAGUCAGCCUCAUGAUUGCCUGCCAGGAGCAGCUGCCCCAAGUCACCAAUGUGGCCUGCUUCGACUCCGGGUUCCAUCAUACCAUGCCCGACUAUGUCAAGACGUACGCGAUAGAUCAGAAGAUUGCGCAAGAGAAGGGCCUCCGUAAAUACGGCUUCCACGGGCUUAGUUACAAAUACAUCACCCGCAGAGUGGCCGAGCAUCUAAACAAGCCCACCUCGGAGACCAGUAUCAUAGCUCUUCACUUGGGCAGCGGAGCCUCUGCAUGCGCCGUCAAGAAUGGCCAGUCGAUAGACACUACCAUGGGUCUUACUCCGGUGUCAGGACUUCCCGGUGGUUCCCGCACAGGAGACAUCGAUCCCAGUUUGGUCUUCCACUAUACCUCCGACGCAAGUGCGCUGAGCCCCAAUAGCACCAAAGACCUGCACAUUUCUACUGCAGAAGAAAUCCUCAACAAACAGUCCGGCUGGAAGGCGUUGACGGGGACUACCGACUUCUCCAAGAUCGCCGAUCCUAACGCUCCUGAUACUCACAAGCUCGCCUUCAACAUCUUUGUCGACCGGGUCGUUGGCUAUGUCGGCAACUAUUUUGUCAAGCUAGAUGGCCAGGUCGACGCCCUGGUGUUCUCAGGCGGUAUCGGGGAGAAAAGCGCAUACCUACGGGAAGUGGUGACGAAGAAGGUCUCCUGUCUCGGCUUCACCUUGGACCCGGAGAAAAACAACAAGGCUGCAGAGAUUGGCGACAUUGUCGACAUUGGUAGCGGUGGCCGCUUCCACACAUUAAUGUGCGAAACGGACGAAGAUAUCGAAAUGGCCUGGACCGCGGCAUACCAUCCCGAGCGCAUCGGACGAGGAGAAUGA